AUGAACGCAAUUCAAGGUACUCAUCAAGACGGUGCGGCCAAUGUUCCCGCCCAACACGAUCACUAUGGAGCUUUUCAGACCGAGAUCUAUCGCAAAGGAAUGUAUGACAAUGUGGUUCCGACCGUCACAACCAACCCAAACAAGCUCGAGGAACAAGCAAAGCAAGCCAUGAACCGUAGAAGCUAUAACUACGUUGGUGGAGGUGCUGGAGAGGGCGCUACCAUGGACGCAAACCGCCUAGCGUUCAGAACCUGGAAGAUGGUACCACGCAUGCUUCGUGACACGACCCAUCGAAGCCUUAAGACGACCAUCUUGGGCAAGGAGUAUCCCACGCCUUGUCUCGUAGCUCCUGUCGGUGUCCAGUCAAUUUUCCACGAAGACAAGGAGACUGGAGUUGCUGAGAUCGCAGCUGAAAUCGGAGUGCCCUACAUCCUCUCGACUGCAUCCUCAUCCACGAUCGAGGAAGUCGCCAAAGCCAAUGGUGAUGGCCACAGAUGGUUCCAACUUUACUGGCCUCACGACAAAGCUAUAACCGAGAGCAUGCUCAACAGAGCGAAGAAUUCUGGUUACGAAGUGUUGGUCGUCACUUUAGAUACUUGGUCUCUCAGCUGGAGACCUCUCGAUCUCGAUUCUGUGUGGAAAGCUCGACCGGAUCAUGCUAAUUGUGUCCUCGCUUUANNGGGUGCUUAUGUGCCAUUCAUGAAGGGUAUCGGUGACGCCAUCGGUUUCUCCGAUCCUGUCUUCCGUCAACAGUUCAAGGAGAAGCACAACAAAGAGGUAGAAGAUGACAUUCACGAUGCUGCGCUUGAGUGGCAGAGCAAGGUAUUCCCUGGUGCUGCUCAUACCUGGGACGAAGUGCAGCACUUGAAGGAUAACUGGGACGGUCCUAUCGUCCUCAAGGGUAUCCAGCAUGUGGAGGAUGCCCGAAAAGCCGUCGAAGUUGGUGUUCAAGGCAUAGUCGUCAGCAAUCACGGAGGCAGGCAGUUAGAUGGAGCGAUUGGCAGCCUCGAAGUCCUGCCAGAGAUUGUCGAGGCAGUUGGUGACAAGAUCGAUGUUCUGUUCGACAGCGGCAUCAGAACUGGUGUCGACGUCAUUAAAGCGCUCUCUCUCGGAGCCAAGGGUGUCCUUAUUGGGCGUCCUUGGGUCUACGGCCUGGGAAUUAGCGGCAAGGCGGGAGCCAAAGAUGCUCUCCGUGGCAUACUAGCAGUAAGCCAUUUUGAGGUCGAUGUUGAGCCUGAUUGA